AUGGCGAUUGCGUUCUACAUUCCCGCGCUCGAAGACGAGGACGAAAACCAGCGGUUGCUCCAGCAGCAACAGAUGGUGCUCCAGCGGCAAUACUUGCUGCAGCAACAGUACGAUCUACAGGCUCAGCUGGGUGUGCUACGCCAACAGCUGCUCGAGUUAGAGCAACAAUCAGCCGCCCUGUCCACUGGCCAACCGGGUCCUUCCGGAACAGCCGGGUCGUCUUCUGCCACCUCAUCAUUCACCCCAACAGCAACCGUGUCUACGUCAACACCAUCAACACCGGCCGCAGCUUCUGGACCCGCAACUCCACCGAAUCCACUGUCCGGUCUGUUCCAGCAUCGCUUCUACAUCAUCAUGAUGCUGCUGCUUGACAUCCUGUUCCGCGAGGUGUUUGACAGUAAGUAUUAG